AUGGCUUCCGACGAUGUGGUGGCGCAGUUCACCGAGAUUACCGGCUCUACGCCCGAGUUGGCGACUCAAUAUCUCUCGCUUGCCGACUUUCAAAUCGAGCAGGCCAUGCAGCUCUACUUCGAGAACGGAGGUGCACCAUUAACCGAAGAACCCGCCCGACCUCGUCAGUCUAUUUUCGAGGAUGAAUCUGGAGUGGUCCACAUUGAAUCUGACGACGAAGAAACCGAUCCCGCCCAGGCCCGCCCCUCACAACCACCUGUGGAAUCAUAUUUUGAGGAUGAUGCCGCCAUGGCUCGCCGACUUCAAGAAGAAGCUUACGGAGGCGGAGGCGCUGGGAGAGGCGCCGACAGAGGCUUACAGGACAACGAGGAUGAUGUCCGAGCGCCCAUGGCGCGCACAACUGAAACGUUGGUUGGGCCAGAGAUGGACUUUGGCGACGAGGAUGACAUGCAUGCCAAUAUUCUCAGCCAGUUGCGCUCUCGUCAACGAGGCGGUCGACCUGGAAUCUUUAAUCAGAGAGAUACCUCAUCGAUCUGGACCGGCGGAUCGCAAAGGCACGAUGAACAACUCUCCAUCGCAACUGGCGGCGCAUCCGAGGCAUCAUCUAAGUCCAACAUGCUUGCUGAAAUCGCUCGUGAUGAAGGAAAGGACAAUGAGAAAUGGUUGCUGGUCAACAUCCAAGACUCGUCUGUAUUCGACUGCCAAAUUCUCAACCGGGACCUGUGGAAGGACAAGGGUGUCCAAGAAACCGUAAAAGAGCAUUUCAUCUUCUUGCAGUUCUCGAAGGAUGACCCGCGAGCUGCCACAUACCUCAAUUACUACUUUCAAGCCAGCGACGUCUCCGAUAACUACCCCCAUAUCGCCAUCGUCGAUCCUCGCACCGGUGAACAGAUGAAGGUCUGGUCUGGCCCGCCUGUAGUGAAACCGUCCGAUUUCCUUAUGCAGAUUCACGAAUUCCUGGACCGCUACAGCUUGAAGCACAAUGUGCGCAAUCCUGUAGCCAAGAGGAAAUCAGACAAGAAGGACAGGGAUUUUGGUGCAAUGACCGAGGAGGAGAUGAUGGAAAUAGCCAUGCGGAACAGUCUUGGGGACGGGGUAUCUGCUGGCCCGAAGCUGGAAGACCCUGAUGACCUUACUCGGAGCAUGGACGAUGUCAAAGGCAAGGGCCGCGCGAUUUCCGACGAUGACGAGGAUAUGAGUGGAACAGAGAAAGGUGCCGAGCCAGCUGGAGCUUCUCCGUUCGCCGCCAUUCCCAAUAACAAGCCGCACACUGAGCCCGCCGCGGACCCAGCUACCACCACCCGUAUUCAGUUCCGCCAUCCUUCUGGCCGUGUCAUUCGUCGCUUUGCACUCUCCGACCCUGUUCAGCGUAUCUACGAGUGGCUCAAGGCCGAACCACCGCUGGAGGACAAGGCUGGUGUGGAGUUUGAUCUGAACGCCAUGGGAAAGAACUUGAUAGAGCAUCUGAUGACAAGCAUCGAGGACGCGGGCCUGAAGAACGGCACGGUUAUGAUCGGCUAUCACGAAGAUUAA